CGGCAGGCGGAGGGCGAGGGACGCGCGCCUGGCCAGCCCAGCCCAGCUGCGGGGUUCGGAGAAAGCGAGGUCCGGCGGCACAGAGCGCUGAGUUCUGCACCUCAUCGAGCUCAGAAAGUUCAAGAAAGGAAGUAUUCUGGAUGGAUGGCUGCUGGAAACCCAAUGCCUUAGCCAGCUCUUCUUCAAUACUUAAGGAUUUACUCUGGCAUUGAGUAAUGAGAAUUUUGAAACCAUAUUUGAGAAGUACUUCCAUCCAGUGCUACUUGUGUUUACUUCUGAACAGUCAUCUUUUAACUGAGGCUGGCAUUCAUGUCUUCAUUUUGGGUUGUAUCAGUGCAGGUCUUCCUAAAACAGAAGCAAACUGGCAGCAUGUAAUAAGUGAUUUGAAAAGAAUUGAAGAUCUUAUUCAAUCUAUACAUAUGGAUACCACUUUAUAUACUGAAAGCAAUGCUCAUCCCAGUUGCAAAGUAACAGCGAUGAAAUGCUUUCUCCUGGAGUUACAUGUGAUUUUGCAUGAGUCCAGAAAUUCAGACAUUAACGAUACAGUAGAAAACCUUAUCAUCCUAGCAAACAGCAGUUUAUCUUCCACUGAGUAUAAAACUGAAUCGGGAUGCAAGGAAUGUGAGGAGCUGGAGGAAAAAAAUAUUAAAGAAUUUUUGAAGAGUUUUGUACAUAUUGUGCAAAUGUUCAUCAACCCUUCUUGAGUGCAGCUAAUCCUUUUCAGCAUUUCUAUUAUUAACAAACAUCUCCCCACUGCUUAGAGGCAACAACGAAACACUCAGCAUUUCAAAUAUGCUGCCAAAAUAAAUUCUUCUGGCAAGAGGAUGAUCAGGAUCUUUGAUCGGAUGAACUCACAGAAAUGAAGGCCGAACAAUGGCAUUGAGUACCAUGGUGUCUACGAACGCAGGACUUAUUUUAUUCAUUUAUUUUUAAUUUAUUAUUGAGAUUGUACAUAUUUGUAGCAUAAUGUAAAAUGUUGAAUAAAAUUGUGUAUAUAUUUUAUCUUUUGAAAUUGCACUGAUAUUUUAUGUCAUAAGAAAAUAGAGGGUGUUUGGUUCAAGGGUGAUAGUCAAAUUAUUUAACAACAACUGGGGCUGGACACCACUGCUGUAGGUAAAGAGGAUGCCCCAACCAAUGUGGAAAUUGACUACCAGCCUUCCUUUACUUCUCCUUUAGGUGUAGCACUUGGAGGGAGAAUUGACUACCAACGAGAAAGGAGGAACUACAUGUGAGACCAGUAAUUCUGUUAUUGAUAUAUAAAGCGCUUGUUAUGAGAGAGAGAAUUUGCAAGUACCCGGCAUGGAAUGUGCAUCAGUCCAUCUCAGGUGGGGAUGGCAAUAAUAAACCUUCACUGAUAGGUGGAACUGUGUAUCAAAAACUAAUGAUUGCACCGGUGUUUAUAUUUCAUGCUUCCCCAAGUACAGGUAUUUUAUUUUUCCACAUUGUAUUUGCCAUGUUUGUAUAAUAAAAAACUGCUGAUGAGUUAAAGUCAACAUGAUCUGGCAUAAAAUAAUUGUUUCUAUUAUUUUUUAGUAUACUGUCUAAAAUUUUCAAACUCUUUUCAAAUGGAACUGACUGAAAUGAAAUAUUCUCAUUUCAUCACAAAUUUCUUUCCCCCGGUUCACUUCUGGCAGUCUUUACUGAGAGACUAAAUGGCAGGAAUUGAUCUCCUAAGAACUGGAUUUCUUUCCAUUUCACAGUACAAACCAUUUCUCUAUUGAAACAUUCUUUUGGAGUCCAGUGCCCCAUCCAGGCUCAUGUAUCUCAUUCUUUUAGUCAAUGUAUGCUUAAAAUUUUCUUUCAAGAUAGUUUUAGAGAAAUCUGUAUUCCAUUUCACUUCCAAAGAGUCCUGUGUUUGCUCUCAGUUCAUUCCCUGAUCUCAGUCCAGACAAAUAGACAAAAGCAGCCAUUGGGAUUGUACCAGUUUAUUAAAUUUCAUUUGAAAUGGAAUUUUUGAUAAUGCAAUUGUUUUGUUUAUUGUAUCAGAAGGUACUAAACAGCAAUUUUAAAAGUUAAAAUACAGAUUUUUUGAUAAUUAUUCAAUUAGAGGUCAAAUUAUUGUAAUAAGUCAAGAAAAUUUUACUAUGUGCAUUAAACCCAAAUACAUUACAGGAAUUCUGUUUUUAGUUUAAUCUUUCUAGAUGGCGAAUAAUAAUGUCUAAAACAUGACAAUAUAUUUCUUUGAGAUAAAAAUAGUCUAGAUGGAAUGAUGGCAUUUGUAAACCACAGUCAUGAUCAUGCUUCUGCUCUUUUAUUUUGGUUCUUGUGGUACAACAUUUUGGUCUGUGACUUGGAUAAAGAUAGAAGGGGUGCUUAUCAAAUUUGUGGAAUAUGUAAAUUAUGUAACAGAAUAAAAAUUUACAAUUGCCUCAGACUAGAAGGAAGUGCCAGUGUAACAAGAUGAAAAUUAACAAGGAUGUUCAAAGAGUUCCGUACUUGGCCACAAUAAUGAACUGCAAGAGAAGGAAUAAGGAAGAUGCAGCUGGAUUCAGCAAAAAAAGAUUUUAGGUUUUUAUGCACUAGUAACUCAGUGUAAGUUGACAGUUUGAUAUGACUAUUAAAAAGGCAAUUGCGAUUGUUGGCUACUUUCAUAUAAAUAUAUUACUUAGGUCAGUAUUUUUAAAGUGUGACCAAUGGCAUCAAAAUCACCUGGAAGCUGUUAUGUUUGUUUGUUUUUUGUCUUUUACAGUAUUGAGAAAUAAUUGGCAUACAUCGCUAUAUAUGUUUAAGAUAUAGAGCAUGAGGUUUGAUUUACAUAUAUUGUGAAAUGAUUAACAAAAUAGGCUUGGCUAACGUCAUCUUCUCAUAUAGAUACAAUAUAAAGAAAAGAAAGAAAAAAGAAAACAGGAAAAAAAAUUUCUCCUUGAGAUGAGAACUUAAAGAAUUUACUCGCUGGGACUUCCCUGGUGGUACAGUGGUUAAGAAUCCGCCUGCCAACGCAGGGACACGGGUUCGAGCCCUGGUCCAGGAAAAUCCCACAUGCCAUGCAGCAACUAAGCCCAUGCACCGCAACUACUGAGCCUGCGCUCUAGAGCCCGUGAGCCACAACUACGGAGCCUGCGUGCCUAGAGCCUGUGCUCUGCAACAAGAGAAGCCACCACAAUGAGAAGCCUGCACACUGCAACAAAGUCACCCACACUCACCGCAACUAGAGAAAGCCCGUGUGCAGCAACGAAGACCCAAUGCAGCCAAAAAUAAAUAAAUUUAUUUUUUUUAAAAAGGAAUUGGGCUUCCCUGGUGGCACAGUGGUUGACAGUCCGCCUGCCGAUGCAGGGGACGUGGGUUCCUACCCCGGUCCGGGA